CGCGCGGCACUGCCUCAGCGGCGUGUGAAGCGGGUACUCCCCGAGAGCGAAGCGUGGAGACCCCGGGGACGCGGCGGGGGAAGGAGCCAGGGGCUCAGGUGUGGCGUCGCGGGCUCUGUCCCGGAUUAAUAUUAAAAUCGGAAGUUUGUAUCUUUUGCUGGGUAUUGGAGAUUGACUGUAAUGGCAACAGAAUUUAUAAAGAGUUGUUGCAGAGGAUGUUUCUAUGGUGGAAGAGAAAAACACAACUUAUCUGUGGAAAGAGACUUCAGAGCAGCAGUAUCACAAAAUACUGCUAUCUCUAUACCCCCAUUGACUUCUGUUUCUGUAAAGCCUCAGGUUGGCUGUUCUGAGGAUUAUUUACUUUCCAAGUUACCAUCUGAUGGCAAAGAAGUACCAUUUGUGGUGCCCAGGUUUAAGUUAUCUUAUAUUCAGCCCAGGACUCAAGGAAUUCCUUCACAGUUGGAAGAACUAGAAGGAUCUGCCAGAGCAUCUUUUGGAGAUAGAAAGGCAGAACUUUCCAGUUCAGCCCAGCAUGGACCCAGCUAUGAUGUAUAUAACCCAUUCUAUAAGUACCAGCAUGUGUCACCUGAUUUGAGUCGGCGCUUUCCUCCUCGUUCUGAAGCAACAAGACUAUAUGGAUCAGUUUGUGACUUAAGGACCAACAGACUUCCCAGUCCCCCUGGGCUAAGCAAGUCUAUGUUUGAUCUUACAAGUUCAUCUCAGCGGUUCAUUCAGAGACAUGAUUCAUUGUCCAGUGUGCCUAGUAGUUCUUCUUCAAGGAAAAAUUCUCAGGGGAGUAACAGAAGCCUGGACACAAUUACUCUAUCAGGAGAUGAAAGAGACUGGGGGAGAUUAAAUGUGAAAGUGUUUUAUAAUUCUUCAGUAGAACAGAUCUGGAUCACAGUUUUACAGUGCAGAGAUUUAAGUUGGCCCUCUAGGUAUGGAGAUACUCCUACUAUUUCUGUAAAAGGAAUACUAACAUUGCCCAAACCAGUGCAUUUCAAAUCUUCAGUCAAGGAAGGCUCUAAUAAUAUUGAAUUUAUGGAAACUUUUGUAUUUUCUAUUAAACUCCAAAGUCUACAAACUGUGAGACUUGUAUUUAAGAUUCAGACCCAAACUCCCAGGAAGAAAACCAUUGGAGAAUGCUCACUGUCACUCAGAACUCUUAGCACACAGGAAAUGGAUUACUCUCUGGACAUAUCACCACCUUCAAAAAUUUCUGUUUGCCAUGCAGAACUUGAACUGGGGACUUGUUUUCAAGCAGUGAAUAGCAGAAUUCAGUUACAAAUUCUUGAGGCACAGUACCUUCCAAGUUCAUCAACACCCCUAACUUUGAGUUUUUUUGUGAAAGUGGCAAUGUUUAGCUCGGGAGAGUUGAUUUAUAAGAAGAAGACACGCUUACUGAAGGCCUCCAAUGGAAGAGUAAAGUGGGGAGAGACUAUGAUUUUUCCACUUAUACAGAGUGAAAAAGAAAUUAUUUUUCUCAUUAAGCUUUAUAGUCGAAGCUCUGUAGGAAGAAGACACUUUGUGGGACAGAUUUGGAUAAGUGAAGACAGUAAUAACACUGAAGCAGUGAGCCAGUGGAAAGAGACAGUCACACAUCCAGAAAAGGUUGUUAUUAAGUGGCACAAAUUAAAUCCAUCUUGAAGAUGCCGCACAUUAAUUUGGUGAUGAACUUGACAUUCUUUUCGAAGACUUAUGAUUUUAGUUUGCUACCAAUUUAAAGAGACAAAUCAGUACAUUUGUUAAUUUAUUUAUGGAUUACAUUAUUAAUUACAUAUUAUAGUAAUAUAAUGGAUCUAAUAGAAAAAUUAAACUUGGUAAAAAAUGGGAUGAAUUAUAUCAGAUAUCCAAAGUAAAGGAAAUGUUUUAGACAGUAGGGCAAUUAAAUAAAUUAUAAAGUCAAUAGGAAUAUCAGUCAUAGAUAGUUACUGCUAUAUAAUGGUUAUGAGUAUUUUAAAGCUUUCAUAGAUAUUAAAAAUCUAGUAUAUUAAGUCUCUGUUAGUACAAGUGGACAUAUAGAAGACUGCCACUGUUUCAGUGCUAGUCAUUAUUGAUUAUAUCUUAACUCUACUGUUUUAACUUUUUAACUCCUUGCUACAGAUUUUCCCUCAGAAAGCAAAAAUGAAUUGAACCACUUCAACUCUUCUUAUUUGGGGAAAGUUUGUGGCCUAUGUUUACCAUUAUUUACCCAUAAGUUGUCACAUUAUGACUUUAUAAACUAUUUAUCUCUAAGAAAUCUCAGAUAUAGAAAACUACAUUUUGGCGAGAGUAGAAUAAACAAAAACACCAGAAGGUUGAAGUUUAAUUGGAAAUUCAGUGUACACACAUUUUUCUCUAAGGUUAUCAUCCAUAUAGCCCAUCCUAAUUAGCAGAAUUAAAGGAGCUUAAAUAACAAAUUCAAUAUUUUAUGAUAAUCACUUAUUUGUUUUUAGUUUUUUAAAUAUAAAUUACUUGUUCUAUAAUCCACAACAUUAGAAUAUUUUCCUAUGCUUUAAAACUGACCAUACAUGAUAACAUUAUGUAGCAAAUACAUACUUUCUGUUACAGUUUUUCUCCGGUACUCACUACAACUCAAUAUGUAGGGAUAAUUUCAGUUUAGUUGGUCAGACAAGCUGUGAUCAAAAAAACAGUCAUUUGGAGAAAUCAGUAACACCAUUCCUGAUCUUGGAAAAUAUGACUUUAUUUUUGCUAAUGAGUAGUCUAAGUGAUUCAUCUUCCAUUUUUUUUUCUCUUACCUUGUCCCACACAUGCCAAAGAUAAAUACUGAUAUUUUAGGUCAGAAGUAUACUUUGCUGUAACUUAAGCAUGCCCUUUUAUUCUGAUUCUUGGUCUGUGUAUCUCAUUCAGUUCAGUUCAGUUCAGUUCAGUUGCUCAGUCGUGUCCGACUCUUUGCGACCCCGUGGACUGCAGCAGACCAGGCCUCCCUGUCCAACACCAACUCUGAGUUUACCCAAACUCAUGUCCAUUGAGUCAGUGAUGCCAUCCAACCAUCUCAUCCUCUGUCGUCCCCUUCUCCUCCCACCUUCAAUCUUUCCCGGCAUCAGUUAAGAUUUCCCAAAUAAACACUAAUUCCCCUUUUCCUGAGUACCACCUCCUCAAGCUACAAAACAUGCAGAGUUGACAUGCCCUUUGUUUCUGCUUCUAGAGUUACGGUAUAUUGAAGGUGUUGACAGGUACUCUCUGACACUCUGCGUUUUGAAAUAGUUUUUUUUAGAUUUGUGAAAAAUGGCAUACUGGUGAGUACUCAUAAGGACUUUCAAGAGAAAUCACCUUGAGUGGAGGUAUUUUGCGUCUUUGAGACAGAUGGCAGUCAUUUAAAGCAACUUUUUUAAAAAUAGACUUUAUUUUUUAGAGCAGUUUUAGAUUCACAACAAAAUUGAGAGGAAGGUACAGAGAGUUCUCAUAUACCCUCUACCCCCACAUUUACACAGCCUUCCUUGCUACCAACACCUUGCUCUGUAGUGGUAUAUUUGUUAAAAUCACUGAACCUUCGUUGACAUGUCAUCACCCAAAGCCCAUAGUUUAUUUUAGGGUUCACUCUUUAUGUUGUACAUUCUAUGAGUUUGAUAAAUACACAGAUUACAUGUAUCCACCACUCUAAUGUCACACAGAGUAGUGUCACUGCCCUAAAAAUUCUCUGCAAAUACAACCAUUUGAAUAGUUAAGAAUGAAGUAAAUAUAUCAUUGUCUUUUAGAUAAGUAAGAGACUUUGUUUUUAAAAAAUCUAGAAUUUUAUUUUAGCAAUUUUUUUGUGUUCUAGUAAUGCUUUCAAUUCCUAAAUUUAUUACAAGUAGUCAUGUAUUUAAUGAAACUUCUAAUUAUUUUAUUUAAUUUUCAAUAAUUUUAAUAUGUGUGUAGUAUAUAAUUUGAAGGAAAGGUAUACUUCUUGGUUUCUUGUGUGUCUUAGAAUCCUAGGUAAAUAAAAUAAAAUUUUAAAAAUCUUUUAUUUUAAGGACUUCAGUUAGAGAAGUGUUUGACACAACUAAGAUCCCAAAUAUUUUAAUUAGUGUUUACUUAAUUAAGCCUUUUUCAAAUGAAGUAGUACUGAAUAGGAGAUGUUCUUACUGUUUCCUUGAAGCUUUACUUGGAAAUAUAAAAAGAAACACACUGUUCUGUUAAUAGCUGCUCAUGAGAAAAAACAUUAGAAACUGGUAAUAAAAAAUUAAAUACUAUGCAAAAAAUUACUUCUCUUUGUACUUACUUGGCAUUUUUUGCCUUUACCUGCUUAUAAAUGAGACAGAACUAAAAUGAUGCUGAGCAACCAGAGAAAAGCAGGGAGGGUUCACACUGAUAGCUAACAGCUUGCACAGUGCUAAUCUCUAACAGUGUAUUUAUUUAUAAGUCUUCAGAUUAAUACAAUUAAAUAGCUGCAGUCCAUGUCAAAAUAUAACUUCAUUGUUUGGCUCUUGUUUGGUUUUCUGUGAUUUUUUUUUAACAGAACUAGAGAACUUACCACUGAAGUAUAUCAGUUCAGAGGGAACCAGUGGUAUUUUAAACAUAAGUUAUGUAGUCAUGGUCUGAAAAUAACCUGAAUUGAUCUUUUGUUUGAGUACAGUUAUGUGAAUUUCUCUGAUACUAAUGUACAAAAACUAUAUUUCCCAAGAAAAAUUUCUACUGUUUGUUUAAUCAAAUAAUGGUUUGUUUAUGAAGGAUUUCAGAAAUUUACAAUAAAUAUCAACUUUUUAUAUUA